AGAUGUCCUCUUUUGUCAUUUUUAGGAUUUCUUAGAAGUUGCCUUUUUUUAAAUACUUUGGAUGAAAACCUGCAUUUUUCCUGUAAACUGCCGAGCAUGCACCAGGAAACCGAAGACAAAGACAGUAAUGAGAUCAACGUGUACGGGGAGGCGAGUUGAGCGGCUGGUUUUGUCUGGUGUCUUAUCUUCAGGCUCAGACCAUGAAUUACGUGGGGCAGUUGGCCGGCCAGGUGUUUGUGACCGUGAAGGAGCUCUACAAGGGCUUGAAUCCCGCCACGCUGUCGGGAUGCAUCGACAUCAUCGUUGUUCGCCAGCCCAAUGGGCAUCUCCAGUGCUCCCCCUUCCACGUCCGCUUUGGGAAGAUGGGGGUCCUGCGCUCCCGGGAGAAAGUGGUCGACAUAGAAAUCAAUGGGGAGUCUGUGGAUUUGCACAUGAAAUUGGGAGAUAACGGAGAAGCAUUUUUUGUUCAAGAAACUGAUAAUGAUCAGGAAGUGAUCCCCAUGUACCUGGCCACCUCCCCCAUCCUGUCAGAAGGAGCUUCGAGGAUGGAAUGCCAGCUGAAAAGGAACUCUGUGGACAGAGUACGAGGCCUGGACCCCAGCACGCCAGCCCAGGCUACACCUCCCGGCGAGAGCCCGUCGAGUGGCUCCUUAGUAAAGAAGAGAAGAAAGAGGAGGAGGAAGUCCCAGCUGGACAGCCUGAAAAGAGAUGACAGCGUCAACACAUCCGAAGAUGAAGACAUGUUCCCCAUUGAGAUGAGCUCCGACGAGGACACGGAGCUGCCGGACAGCAGUAGAACUCUGGCUAAUGACAUACCUCCAUUCCAAGAUGAUAUUUCUAAGGAGAACCUUUCCCCGGUGUCGACUUACCCUCAGUCAGCUUCAUACCCUAAUUCAGACAGAGAGUGGACGCCCAACCCCAGUAACCCGGUAGAUUGCAAAAGGACGCCCCCUCAUCUUGCAGUUGCGGCCGAGGGAGGUCUAUCUAGCUCUUGCCCUCCACACUCUUCCCACUUCCGUCCUUCGGAAAGCCCUUCAGCGUCCCGGCCUUCAACACCUAAAAGUGAUUCCGAGUUGGUCAGUAAGUCUGUGGACAGGACGGCGCAGAAGAGUAACCUAGAAAUGCUCUGGCUUUGGGGGGAAUUGCCGCAAGCUGCAAAGUCAUCCUCUCCACACAAGAUGAAAGAAUCCAGCCCGUUGAGCAGUAGAAAAAUUUGUGAUAAAAGUCACUUUCAGGCCAUUCACAGCGAAUCCUCAGACACUUUUAGUGACCAAUCGCCAACAUUGGCCAGGGAGCCACUUCCGGACCAGAGCCAGCCUCAGACAGAGAUGCAGUUUGUGAAUGAGGAAGACAUCGGGGCCUUGGGGGCAGCAGCGCCACUGUGCCCUGCGCCACUGUGCCCUGCGCCACUGUGCCCUGCGGUCGAGGAGCUAAAACCCCCCUCUGCUGGCGUAGUCCAGGCAGUGGGCAAGAUGGAUUCUCCUAGGAAGAAAGAUAAACGAAGUAGGCAUCUUGGUGCCGACGGCGUCUACUUGGACGACCUCACGGAUAUGGACCCUGAAGUGGCAGCCCUGUAUUUUCCCAAAAACGGAGACCCUCCCGGGCUCACAAAACACGCCAGCGACAAUGGGGCCCGGUCGGCCAACCAGUCCCCGCAGUCCGUGGGCAGCUCGGGCGUUGACAGCGGUGUGGAGAGCACGUCGGACGGCCUGAGGGACCUGCCGUCCAUCGCCAUCUCGCUGUGCGGGGGCCUCAGCGACAACCGGGAGAUCACGAAAGAUGCAUUUUUGGAACAGGCCGUGUCCUAUCAACAGUUUGUGGACAACCCUGCUAUCAUCGACGACCCCAAUCUCGUGGUGAAGAUUGGGAGUAAAUAUUAUAAUUGGACAACGGCAGCACCUCUGCUCCUGGCAAUGCAGGCCUUCCAGAAACCUCUGCCAAAGGCCACUGUGGAAUCUAUCAUGAGGGAUAAGAUGCCCAAAAAGGGAGGAAGAUGGUGGUUUUCGUGGAGGGGAAGAAACACCACGAUCAAAGAGGAAAGUAAGCCGGAGCAGUGCUUGGCGGGCAAGGGCCUCAGCACUGGAGAACAGCCGUCCCAGCUGGGCAUGGCCACCAGAAUAAAGCAUGAGUCAUCCUCCAGCGACGAGGAGCACGCAGCUGCCAAGCCAUCCAGCGCAAGCCACCUCCCCCUUUUGUCUAACGUCAGCUACAAAAAGACUCUGCGGCUCACUUCGGAGCAGCUGAAAAGCUUGAAGUUGAAGAAUGGCCCCAACGACGUGGUGUUCAGUGUCACCACACAGUACCAAGGCACCUGCCGCUGCGAAGGCACCAUCUAUUUGUGGAACUGGGACGAUAAGGUCAUCAUUUCUGACAUCGACGGAACCAUCACCAGAUCAGAUACACUUGGCCACAUUUUGCCCACCCUUGGGAAGGAUUGGACCCACCAGGGCAUUGCUAAACUGUACCAUAAAGUGAGCCAAAACGGCUACAAGUUUCUCUACUGCUCUGCCCGCGCCAUCGGCAUGGCGGACAUGACGCGGGGCUACCUGCACUGGGUCAACGAGCGGGGCACGGUGCUGCCGCAGGGCCCACUGCUGCUCAGCCCCAGCAGCCUGUUCUCCGCCCUGCACAGAGAAGUGAUUGAAAAGAAACCGGAAAAGUUUAAAGUCCAGUGUUUGACAGACAUCAAGAACCUGUUUUUCCCAAAUACAGAGCCCUUUUAUGCUGCUUUUGGAAACCGACCGGCUGAUGUGUAUUCAUACAAGCAAGUAGGAGUGUCUUUGAAUAGAAUAUUUACCGUCAAUCCUAAAGGAGAACUAGUACAGGAACAUGCUAAGACCAACAUCUCGUCGUACGUGAGGCUCUGUGAAGUGGUUGACCACGUUUUCCCACUGCUGAAAAGAAGCCAUUCUUCAGACUUCCCCUGUUCGGAUACUUUCAGUAAUUUCACCUUUUGGAGAGAGCCACUGCCGCCUUUUGAGAACCCGGACGUUCAUUCUGCCUCCACAUAAAGCGCCGCGAGCGGCCUCUCGACAGCAGCGCGGAGCUGGCGAAGCCGGCGUCACCAUUAAAGGAUAGGUUCUGGGCGCCGUGCGGCUGCAGCUCGGGCCUGGCGUGCGGUCAUUUGUUUCAGGGCAGAAAGGAUUGAGACGCAUCCCUACCCUGCCCCGACCAGGGAGUGACAUUUCUAAGGGAACUGUGGAGAGUGCACUUCCUAGGCGAGGAGUCGGGCGCGUUCGUGGUGUGGAAGGCGUUCCUCGCCUGUGGCUUGACGCCAGUCA